CCAAAUACCAGUUUUGGAGAGCUUUCUCCGCUAACAUCCCGGAAGUAGAUAGACUAAUUUUGAUCGGUGACCUUAAUACGAUGGUAGACUCGCCCCCUCGUUCUGACACCUGCGCCCCCUACUCGCCCGAUGUGGUCGCCAUGAUUGACGCCUUGACAGACAUGGGGCUACAGGAUGCUUUUAGAAUACUCUGGCCCCAUGAGAGACGCGUCACAUGGGUGGGACCGGCCCUUAAAAAACGCAACAGAAUUGAUAUGGCUUGGCUGUCUCAGGCCGCCACACAGUGCCUGCUGGAUUUUAACAUUGUCCCGGUGGCUCGCUCGGACCAUAAGAUGAUCCCCAUCAUCCUGGCGAUCCCUACAAAGCUACAUACCAGGCCCCCACCGUCUACAGUCCCGGGGUGGAUUUUCUCAGAGGAGCGGUACUGCAAUAUGGCAAAUCAACACUGGCUCUACUGGACACAACUUUGGCACCAGGAUCAAUCCGCCCUCCAAUGGCUAACGGAUGGAACGGCGGCCCUGGAUAGAUUGCUCAAGCAGGCCGUGCUCGCCUCUAAGCGUGCGCAGCGGCUCACAGCGGAAGCCUUCAUCAAAAGGGCGAUGGAAUUGGGGGAUGGCCCAUUGACAGAAGAAGGAGAGGAAGAAUGGUGGAUGCAAUGGGCGGCGCUGCAGGCUGAGUGGGAGGAGUGGCAGAUUAAAGAUGCGGAAUCUUGGGGACUGCGUAACAAAGCCCAAUGGAAAGUGGCAGUGGGACAUAUGACAAAGACGUUCUUCCGACGUCUCCACUUCAAACGGCCAGCCUCUAUGAUGGUGACAUUACAGGCCCCGUUCCAACAGGAGGGACCACUGGCUGACAAUACCCAGGACAUUCUGCAGUUUUCUGAUGAGUUCUACUCCUACCUCUUAACUGAAGAACAGUCCUGGCCGUCGGAGGAAAUGGCAACAGCCCCGGCCAAAGACAUUUGGCAGAAGAUGGCCACAAGACUGUCGGACUCGGCCCAGAGAGACCUCGACGAGCCAAUUAAUGAGCAGGAGAUCUGCGAGGCGUUAGCGGAAAUGCCCUCAGGGAAAGCCCCGGGACCAGAUGGAAUGCCGGUGGAACAUCUCAAGGCCUGCGUGGAUACCCUCCUGCCGCAUCUCCUCGAGGGCUUCAACGACGUCAGAACCCCUCCCCAAGGAUUUUGGCCUUGCUACUAUCAUUCUGGUGCAUAAAAAGGGCCCUCCUAAGGAGAUCCGCAAUUGGCGCCCCAUCUCCCUGCUGUCGCCCUCGUACAAGCUUUUGGCGA